AUGUAGCCAAAAAGAAAUAUUAAUGACCUUUUGGCAGAAUAUUCAAAAGAGUUGGGUGAGGAUUUUGACGAUGUGGAUCCUUAAAUGAAUGAAGAAAAUGCCUUUGACGAUGAUCCAGAAAUGAGAAAACUUUAAAAAUAAUUGUAUGAGUUUUAUUCUAUUCUUGAAAUAUCGAUCUCAGCAAAGUAAACAACCAAAUUGGCAAUCCUCCAUAAUCAAGAGAUGACUAUGAUUAAAUGCUGUCAUAAUAUGAAAAUUCUUAGAAUCAACGUGUUCCAUAAAAAUCAAUUUAGACAAGGGAUCUGCAACAACAAUAAGCUCCUGCUAAAAAUUAAAAAGGAAAUAUAGAUUUAACAUAAUUAGAAAAAUAAUUUACUAUUCCAUCUAACUUAAAGUCGAUGAG